ACGGUGUGGGACAGAAUUCAAGGACCAGGUGAUGACCUAAUUACGUCAUAAUGUAAAAGAAUCAGUGAGUCGUUCUUUAACCGGUUCGUUCGAGCGAACUGUUCGGUUCGCUGAAAUGAGUCGGACUUCUAAAGAGUGGGGCGGCGGAGCGGAGGAUCCCCACCCGUGAGCAUGGCGGUGUGCUAGAGUAUUAAUGAAGACCGGAGAGAGCACACACAGAUGGGAAACACGAAUAUGCGCUUCAAAUGAUCUGAUUUUAACGGACCGUGUUUCAAUCCGCCGUUACCGGAGGCAGUCUGCUGGGUUUCUCCAUGCAGUCUUCGUUUACUUCUAUAGGAUGGUGAGCUGAGCAGAUGAAAAGCACAAGUUAUUGGUGAUAGCCUCUGUUCAACCGUCCCCCGUUGUGAAUUAUAGGCGCGUGUGGGCCGCCGGUGCUCCGUGAUCAUGAAGCGCUGCUGCGGGAAGCUUGUCUUUGUGCGAGGCGCGCUCGUGUCCGCGGACAGGCUCGUUUAAACGCCCUAAACAUGAACAUCAGUGCCGUGUGAGUUUAUUUUGAUUGUUCAAUCUGUUCAGAGAUGCGUGAGUAUAAAGUGGUGGUCCUCGGGAGCGGCGGGGUCGGUAAAUCCGCCCUCACCGUGCAGUUCGUCACCGGGACGUUUAUUGAGAAGUACGACCCGACCAUCGAGGAUUUCUACCGUAAGGAGAUCGAGGUGGACUCGUCGCCGUCGGUGCUGGAGAUCCUGGACACGGCGGGCACGGAGCAGUUCGCGUCCAUGCGGGACCUGUACAUCAAAAACGGGCAGGGCUUCAUUCUGGUCUACAGUCUGGUCAACCAGCAGAGCUUUCAGGACAUCAAACCCAUGAGAGACCAGAUCAUCCGAGUCAAGAGGUAUGAGAAGGUCCCUGUGAUCCUGGUGGGGAAUAAGGUGGAUCUGGAGAGCGAGCGGGAGGUGUCUGUGAGGGAGGGGCAGGCGCUGGCGGAGGAGUGGGGCUGUCCGUUCAUCGAGACCUCCGCCAAGAGCAAGACCAUGGUGGACGAACUCUUUGCUGAGAUCGUACGGCAGAUGGACUACGCGGCACAGCCGGAUAAAGACGAUCCGUGCUGCUCCUCCUGCAAUAUACAAUAACCCCCCAACACUCACACACACAACUCACAUUACAGUAGCUUUGAUGGACCUUCUAGUGUCAACAGUUUUCCGUCAUUCUCUAUCUACAGACUGACAGUAACUUUGAGGAUUUUUGUCACUUUAAAUUCUGACUGACUCAACCACAGGAAGAGCACUUGCCUUAGGUUUCACGCUUCCUGUCUGAGCAGGAUCCUUCAGUGGAGAUGAGUUGGACUUUUACGUUCUUGGUCUUAUGGUAUUGAUGAUUUUAUCUGAAUUUGUCACCAGGUCAGAGAGAGAGAGAGAAUAAGAGUGUUCUUAGCCAUAUGCUUCAUAUAGCCAUAUAAUAAUUUAAUGAUGACUUUCUUAUUGUCCAUUGAUUAAGGAAAUAGAUCCCUUAAAAUCAUCAUCAAAAUCUUCUGUUUCAUACAGAGGUAGAAAAACAGCUUUGUUCCAAAACCUAGUUAGAUGCCUACCUAGACAGAAUGUUGAAGCCCAAAGUAUUCUUCGGUUUUUAUGCAUACUUGUGUAUGCGUACAGUUUACGUGACGUAGAUUUCACCAUCAGCAUUGUACAUGCGUACUUUACACGCACAGCUUGAUUUUUCUAACCGUGUUACUCCGUACGCUCGGCUCACACAGUUUCUUUGCACUAAUUAGUUUUUUCACAAGAUGGCGACACUGACUUUGUCCCAUUGUUUCACAGUCGAAAAGAAAGGGAUAAACAAACUACUGGAGAUGACAACAACAAUAGACAGAGUACAAGGACAUUUUUAUCAGUCAAAACUUUUAGUGCGCGUGUAUCGAGUGAUCGAAUGGAGUAUACUUUGCUUUCGGUGGCAUGCAAAUGCAAAACUGAAGUAUACUUUACGCUUGAUGGUGCGUUCAAGUCCUCCUGGGAAGUUUGUGUUUACUACGUCCGGUGGUUCAAGUCACUUUCGUUGGAGCAAGAUGGCAGUGUACCUUCUCUUAAUUAACUACACAAAAAUACAGCAAGAUAAACUCUACUUCUCCAAAACGAAGAAUAAACAAUAUGCAUCAGGUGGCCACUUUAAACUUUAUCAUUUCAUAUUAGAUUAUAUUAUAUUAUAUUUCAAUGCUAUCAUAUUUUGAACAGGCAAUUAACUUAGCUUGUUGUAAAUAAAAACAAAGACUAUAGAAUAACACAAGACGCGUCACUCGUAUUAUUAUGAAUGGGAGAAAGUGCAACGCGCAAUAUGGCAGAAUAAGUCCCGCCUUCUAAAUAAGAGCCAGUCGCCGAUUGGUAAAGUCAUCGCGUCACUGCAGCGUCCGUUAGAAGCUCCGGUUCCUAUAGAAACAGUCAGACGAAAUGACAGGAUUGCGCAUGCGCAUUAGCUUGAUCGAGCCUGGAAAAUACUGUUUUUUUUUUGUUUUUUUUUGUUUUUUUGUCAUGAUUCGAGCGUUUAGAAACAAAAUGUAUGAGACAGCUGUUGUCAGAUUUCACUGGUGAUUUCAAAUAUGAAAUUUAAUCGAAAGCUUGGCAAACAGCUUUGGAGAAUUUGAUGUUUCCCCAUUCAAAGAGAUAGGAGCUUCACUUGCAUGCCCAAGAGGCGUUUCAAAGAUGGCCACCGAGUGAAAUGACUUGUUUUAAAGGGACUUUGAUAAAAAGGCCUGACAAUGUCACUGCUAAAUACCUGUAAGUAUUGUGGUAUUCUGCAAUGUUUCUCACUGACACACCGUCAACUCGGGGCUCUAAGAAAAUCUUGAGUUUCCCACUGGCAUUUCCAAUAUUGUGGUGUUCAUGUGCGUUGAACUCGUAAAUGUGAUAUUUCCGUCUUAACUUGAAUGCACGAUAAGGCAACAUAAAAGCAUGUCCCCCUUGCAUUCCCAGAAUGCAUUGUGAAUGAGCUCUACUAUAUGAAAAAAAUCUUCCAAGACCGUGGAUGAGAUUCUAAAUAUACUUAUUUUUUGUAAUAUGUGUGUUCUAUGUAUUUUUAUGCAUUGCACACACAAGUAGAGUAUCAUGUUUAUUAGCUUAGCAACAUGCUAAUGUCAAACACUCCAAAUUCAAGUGUGUGAGCUUCACAUAAGCAGCAGUAUUUGUGGUGCACAGAAGGACUGAACAAUUAUUCGAAAUUGGGGAUGGGCAUUUUUCAAAAAUACUGUAUUCUAGGGGUGUUUCCUCUGAGGAGGCAAGGGAGGUGGUGUCUUUCAAAAAAAAAAAACUGGAUGAGAAAAGAAUCGAUAUUAAAAAAACAAACAAAAAAAAACAAAACAAAAGCAAAUAUUACAAAAUGUGACAUUAAAAAGUGUAAAGGCCACUCGUUUUUAUAAAGUAACAGUGUCCAACAGCGACACCCGCAGGUGAAGUUACAGCGGGAGAUUUGCCUCCUCUGCCUCCGUUGACUUUAAACAGACCCCCUAAAGUGAAGCGUGUGUUGGGUUUAGUGUGGGGUAAUUGAGAAUGAGUGGGGGAAAGUCACGUGAGAGGAGACAAUGCUUCCAUCACGCGUUGAUUGGAUGAUCAGUUAUGAUUGGUUUGUGCGAUAAAUCCCGCCUCUUGUUUUUGUGCAUGUUCUCAUCAGCCUGAAUGAAGACAAUGAUAGUGUUAAUGGGAAGACUAAUUAAAAAGUAAGUAAACAACUCAGCCCUUUCACCACAUUGUCACAUCAAAAUCAAACUUGAAAUGGCCUGAAAACUUGAUGACUGGAGGUUUUUAGUGAGCAAUCAGCUUGGGGAAAUUAAAGGUACAUCUUCGUGUCUUGUCUGUGACCACCACACACCACUGCUGUAUUUGAAUAUUUGGGCUCAUAAAAGCGAAUAUUCGUUUAUUUAAAUGAAAUUAACGGAAAGACGUUAUUUUUUUAAUUAAGUUGUUGUCAGACUGAGCAUGUGAAUAUUCUUGUUUAAAUGAGAAUGCGCUCUGCCGACACACAGUGACACACAGUGACAUUUCUUACAGCGCUUUGUGUUUUCUGUUAACAAAAAAAUCACAAAUAGAUUUUUUUUUUUUUACUCCCAAAUCGUUCAGCCACCCAGUGUUAAUGUCUACAGUCACCAUGAUUUCGCCAAGUAAGACGUUCCUGAAUCAACAUGUUUUGUUGAUCCUGGAACAACAUACUUGUCUGAAAAUACCAAUCCCUACACUUAAACCUAACCCUACCCAUAACUUAUCCCUAAAAUCAGAGGGAAAUGAUAGGUGAAUAACUGAUGUAGAAGCACAUAACCCUGGUUGUGAGCCUAAACAUGACACAAACUGUAAACUUGUCGAUCAAAUCUGAUUGGUUGUUUGGAAUGUUGAUCCAGGAUCAUGCUGUACUUGGUGAAAUCAGGUUCAUCUAAUAUCUACAUAGAAAGUUCCAGAUCAGUCCCUGAUGAGGUUGUCUGUCUGUGUAGGUGAACUGUAAGGCGGCUCAGCAGGUUGUGGAACAGAGCUGUUGUCUUUAUGCUGCUUCCAUUCAAAGAUGUUCAGAAGAUGACGUAAGCACACAAAAUGACAACUCUGUUAGCUUUGCAGUGGAACAAUUGUGAACUUUUUUUUAGCAACCAAACUGGGGAGAAUACACUAUGCUUUACAACACUAACAAGUGUUCGAAGUGGGAAUCAACACAGAAAGAGUCAUUUAUCUUGUUUUAUGUGUUUGAUAAACAUGUUUUAUCAUGCAGUGUUGGACUUUUUGUCUCCUUGAUGCAUUUUAUUUGCUUAAAUGUUGAAUGUUUAUCUGUGUAAAUCUUGCUGACCACUCAAUCGUGAGUUUCCAAGCUAGAAAUCCAACUUCAAGAGACUUUCUAUUGCACUUUUUCCAGUAGGAAUGUCAACUCCCAGAAUUGAAUGGAAUGCAGCAUAAGUCCCGGUCACCGAUUGGACGGGUCAUAUGGGUGGGGGAUGUUUGACACAUCUGGACACACUCAACUUUUGCUAAUUUAGUGAAAGUCUGUUUUGACUCUGAGUAUCACAUAUGGCACUGUAGGACGCGUCUCUUUUUCUGUCUCUCUCUAUUUUACCACCACUUUCUCACUCGUCUCUUCAGCGUCUCAGCCUCUUUCUGCACUCAUUCUCCUUAUUCUGCUGUGGUUGUAUGGCUUAUUGAUGAUUAUGGUUAUUGAUUGACUGUGUAUACAUUUGUACAGAGGUUGCCGGUUUUUCUUGGCUCCCUCCUCCUGGCUGGGCUUGAGCUUCGAUCUCAAGGCUGAACAUAUAGAGAUUACGGAGAUGGAUGGAUGGAUGGUGUGUGUGUGUCUGAGUGUAUGUCUUUGAAUAGAGAGCUCUGAGUCAGUAUUGAUUUUAUAUUUUUUUAUGUGGACAUGUGCUCAACUCUUCUGAAUGACUGAAUGGUGACACUUUUUUGUUUGUUUUGUUUGUUUGUUUGGCACCUAAAUAAAGUGCAUCCGACACUCACA